AUGGCCGAAUCGUUCCUUUUCAGCAUCGCAGAGUCACUCAUAGCAAAGCUUGCUUCUCAUGCUUUUGAAGAAGCUUCUCGAGUGGUGGGUUUAUACGACAAUCUUCGAGACCUUAACAACACUCUCUCUUUAGUCAAGGCUGUUCUGUUAGAUGCUCAGAGAAAACAGGAGCACAACCAUGAGCUGCUGGAAUGGCUCACUCAGCUCAAAACUGUCUUCUCCGAUGCCGAAGAUCUGUUGGAUGAAUUUGAGUGCCAAACACUGCGAAAGAAAGUGGUCAGAGUUCAUGGUAACACCAAAGUGAAGGUAAGUCACUUCUUCUCAAGUUCUAAUCCACUUGUUUUUCGUUACAAGAUGGCUCAAAAAAGUAAAGAUCUCACCCAGAGACUAGAUAAGGUUGCUGCUGACAGACAUAAAUUUAGUCUUCAAAUAAUUGAUGUUGAUACACGUGUAGUGCAUACUAGAGAAAUGACACACUCCCGUGUGAGUGAUUCAAAUGUGAUAGGAAGGCAACAGGAUAAAGAAAAGAUCAUAGAGCUUUUGAUGCAGCAGAAUCCUAAUGAUGAAGAUACUAGUCUCUCUGUUAUCCCCAUUGUGGGGAUUGGAGGCUUGGGAAAGACUACACUUGCAAAGUUUGUGUUCAAUGACAACAGGAUCCAGGAGUGUUUCCCAUUGAAGAUGUGGGUGUGUGUUUCUGAUGACUUUGACAUUAAGCAAGUCAUUAUUAAAAUCAUCAAUUCUACCAAUGAUCUUGCUUCUGCUGAUGUUCCUCCUCAGCAACAGAAUUUGAAGAUGAUGGAUCUGGAGCAAUUGCAAAAUCAACUGACAAACAAACUUGGAGGUCAAAAGUUCCUACUCAUCUUGGACGACGUAUGGAAUGAAGACCGUGUUAAAUGGAUUGAGUUGGAGAAUUUAUUACAAGUGGGAGCUGCAGGAACAAAAAUUCUAGUGACCACACGUAGUCAUUCGAUUGCUUCCAUGAUGGGCACAGUUCCCUCUCACAUAUUAGAAGGCCUUUCUCAGGAGGAUUCCUUGUCUCUCUUUGUUAAAUGGGCCUUUAAAGCAGGAGAAGAGGAAAAGCAUCCUCGGUUAGUAAAGAUUGGCAGAGAAAUUGUUAAAAAAUGCAGAGGGGUUCCUUUGGCUGUGAGAACAUUAGGGAGUUUACUAUUCUCGAAAUUUGAGAUGAGUGAGUGGGAAUAUGUGAGAGAUAAUGAAAUUUGGAAUUUGCCUCAGAAAAAAGAUGACAUUUUACCUGCUCUUAAAUUAAGUUAUGAUCUCAUGCCAUCCUAUUUACGGCAAUGUUUUGCAUUAUUUUCCCUUUACCCAAAGGAUUAUGAUUACUUCAAUAGUUUUGAGGUUACUACUCUUUGGGGGGCACUUGGACUCCUUGAAUCUCCAAAACAGAAUAGUACACUGGAAGAUGUAGCCAAUCAGUAUUUGUAUGAACUAAUAUCGAGAUCUUUUCUUCAAGAUUCUGUCAAUCGUGGCACUGUGUUUGAAUUCAAAAUACAUGAUUUGGUGCAUGAUCUUGCUCUAUUUGUUGCAAAAAAUGAGUGUCUAUUUAUAAAUUCAAACGUUCAAAGUAUUCCUGAGAAUGUUCGGCAUCUGUCUUUUGCUGAAAGCAGUUUGUUGGGCAAUUUAUUUACCAAAAAAUCAGUAGCUGUGAGAACCAUUAUGCUCCAAAACGAUACAGCAGGAUCCAAAGGUGAAUCUUUUCUAGAUAAUUGUGUGUCAAAGUUCAGAUACUUGCGUGUUUUGGAUUUAAGAUAUUCGACAUGCGAGACUGUGCCACGUUCAAUCGGUAAGUUGAAACACUUGCGAUAUUUCAACAUUAUGCAUAAUCUCAACAUUAAGAGACUCCCCGAUUCUAUUUGCAAGCUCCAAAAUUUGCAAGUGUUGAAACUUGACGGAUGCGUGGAGCUGGAAGCAUUGCCCAAAGGAUUAAGAAAAAUGAUAAGUCUACGGCAUUUGGAGAUAACCACAAGGCAAUAUGCUUUGCCUGACAAUGAGAUUGCGAACUUGGGCAUGCUUGCGAAUCUGUCUAUUGAAUCAAGCCAUAAUCUGAAGUCUAUCUUCGAAGGGGUGAAAUUCCCUGCCCUCAAAGCAUUUAAUGUUACUGACUGUCAAAGUCUAAAGUCCUUGCCACUAGAUGUCAAAAUUUUUCCCGAAUUAGAAACUUUGAUUGUUGAAAACUGUGGUAAUUUAGACUUGGAACUGUGGAAGGGCCACCAUGAAGAACAAAGCCCCAUGCCGAAGUUAAAAUCUGUUGAAUUUUUAGAUUUACAACAGCUGGUGGUCUUGCCUAAAUCGCUUCAAGAAACUGCCAACUCGUUACAGUUCUUGUUUAUCUCAGACUGUUACAAUCUUGAAAUGCUUCCGGAGUGGCUACCAACUCUGACUAAUCUGAAAACACUUGCUAUCACAGAUUGUCCAAAGUUGCUAUCUCUCCCAGAUAACAUCGAUCACCUCACCACACUUGAAAGCUUGAGGAUUGAAGAUUGUCCUGAAUUAUGUAGAAAAUGUCAACCCCAUGUUGGAGAGUUUUGGCCCAAAAUAUCACAUAUCAAAGACAUUGUCAUUGAACAAGCAGAAGAAUUAGAGGAAGAGGAAUGCUUUAUUGACAGAUAA